AUGGCCCUAAAGAUUUUGCAAGCAAAUCUCAACCAUGCCCGCCAGGCCCAGGACUUGUUCCUGCACAGCCUGGCGGAGCGUGGUUGCGGACUGGGGAUCGUGGCCGAGCCGUACAGAAUUCCGAUUCACCCUUGCUGCUGGGUGGGAAGCAGGGACGGCUCGGCCGCGAUCACGUGGAGGAGGACCGGUGAAAGGAGCGCGCCAGGGUCCAAAAUCAGGGCGGGAGAGAACUGGGUGGCAAUGGAGUGGGGGCCCCUUAAAGUCAUAGGGGUAUACCUCAGGCCCAGCCUCUCCAGGGCGGAAUUUGAGGACAGCCUGCAAGACCUGGAGAACGUCGUCAGGGGGUUCCUCCCCGGACCGGUAAUGGUCGCCGGGGACUUCAACGCCAAGUCGGCGUUGUGGGGUUCCCGGCGGCCGGACGUCAAGGGAGCGGAGAUGGUGGCCUGGGCGGCCCGCUUAGGUCACCACCUCGAGAACGUAGGUGCAACCAGCACAUGCGUUCGACCGCAGGGGGAGUCGAUAGUCGAUCUGACUUGGACUUCCCUUGUGGCAGCAAGGAUGGUAGCUUCGUGGGAGGUGGCUGAGAGUCUUGAACUUCUCUCAGACCACCUCCCCAUUGAAAUCCGGCUCUUGCAGGAGAGGAGGGACAGGGCCCAGGAGCGCCCCAUAAGGUGGACGGCCAGGAAGCUGGACCAGGACAGACUGGUAGAGUCCCUGGUCGCGGCGACCUGGUCUAAGCCUGACCCACUGCGGACAAUCGAGGAAGAGGUGGACUGGCUGCAGAGGAGCAUGACCGCGGCGUGCGACAACGCCAUGCCGCGCUACAGGUUCGCCCCGAGGAGGGCAGCCUACUGGUGGUCGGGGGAGAUUGCCGAGUUGAGGCGCUCCUCAGUGGCCGCCAGGAGGACUGUCCUAAGGGCAAGGCGGAGGCGGAACACUUCCGGGGAGGAGCUUGACCGUCCUGGUGGAGAACCGGCAAAAGCGGCAAGAGCUCAAGUCGGCAAUCCGGAGGGCCAAGGAGGCAGCAUGGGACGAGUUGAUCCGGUCCCUAGACACAGACCCGUGGGGGCGCCCCUAUAA